AUGUUCUCCAAGGCGCCGUGGAACUCRGCCUUCUCCAAAGAUUCCCAUGAAUCCGCCGGCGAGGAAGAGGGCGAAUCGCUGACGACGGUGCUGCCGACGAUGGAAGACCGCACCGCUCUCACCCUGCUGAUUGGCGAGUGCACCGAGGCGAUGCGGCAGGCGAUUGUCCACAUCUUCGACGCACAUGAGACGGGAAAGUUGAUCGACCUGAUCGCGAAUGACGAGGGGGAAUUGCAGAAGACGGGCGCGGUGGAGGGGGAGAUGCAAGUCGAUGCUGCCAAUCAAGAGAAGUUGGACAAGGAACUGCUGCAACGACAAAAAGAGCUGAGUGCGGAGAAGAUGCAGGGGUUGAAGCGAGCGGCAUUGGCUCAUUUUGAUGAAUGGAAUAGUCAUGUCAUCCAACGCGUGGGAGAAGUGGUCAAUUCGCGACAAACCGAUGGGGAGGAGCAGAAGAGGGCGGCAACAUCGGAAACUCMCCAUCCAACACAGAGAUCAGUUCAAGAUGGCCCGCAGUAUGACCCCGGAGUGCAAAGAGCAAUGGAAGAAAUCUAUACUCCCGUCGCAACUCCCCUUGCUAGACUUCCCCAAGAAAAGAGGGCCCUCAUCUUACAUUCCAUCCUGCUGUUGCUGCUGAGUUUGGAGCAUUAUCGAGCAGAAUCUCGCGUGUUGUUGCUACGCUUGACCACCAGUCUGGGUUUGAGCAUUGCCUUUCUCGGCGAGAAUGAGAGUAAAAUCGCCCGGGGAUUGCUGUCGGCGGCGGAAAGCAUGAAUGCAGACGAGGAAACCAAGAAGAAAGCCGAGGAGAACCAAGGAUCCCGGAAAUGGAAGGUGGGUCUGGCCACCGUCGCCGGUGCAGCAUUGAUCGGCGUGACGGGUGGUCUGGCGGCACCCUUGCUGGCAGCGGGAGUGGGUUCCGUCAUGGGAGGCAUCGGAUUGGGCGGCACCGUCGCAGCGGGCUACUUGGGAACUCUUGCGGGGAGCGGUGUUCUCGUCGGCGGUCUAUUUGGUGCCUAUGGAGGGCGGAUGACGGGCAAGAUGAUGGACCAGUAUGCAAAGGAAGUCGAGGAUUUUGCCUUCGAGCCCGUCAGGACCCAUCACAAGCCAAGGAAGAUUGAAAAGGAGUAUCGUCGACUACGCGUCGCCAUUGGAAUCAGUGGCUGGCUCACCAACAAGGAGGAAGUCGUUCAGCCGUGGAAGGUGAUAGGAGUCCAGCUCGAGUCGUUUGCUUUACGCUUCGAACUUGAGGCUUUACUAAAUCUGGGCAACUCUCUCUCCACCAUGAUCACCUCAGCCGCAUGGGGUAUGGCCAGGAAGGAGAUAAUCAAACGCACCGUCUUUGGCGCCCUCUUGGCUGGUCUCUGGCCGCUUGCACUACUCAAGGUCUCGCGAGUGCUCGACAAUCCUUUUAGUGUCGCGAACUCCCGAGCAUACAAAGCCGGACAGGUGCUAGCCGAUGCAAUCAUCAACAAAGCUCAAGGCGAGCGUCCCCUCACCCUGGUCGGCUACAGUCUCGGCGCCAAAGUCAUCUUUGCAUGUCUCAAAACUCUUGCCGAGCGCAAAGCAUUCGGUCUGGUUGAAUCCGCCAUCUUAAUAGGAACACCUGCACCCUCGACCACUGCGGAAUGGAGAGAAAUUCGAAGUGUCGUCGCGGGACGUGUCGUCAAUGUCUUCAGCACGAAUGACUAUAUCCUUGGAUUCCUCUACCGAAGCCACAGUAUCCAGUACGGCGUUGCGGGACUACAAGCCAUUGAAAACGUCAAAGGAGYGGAAAAUGUCGACGUCAGCGGUUUCAUCAAGGGCCACACCAACUAUCGCUUCCUCACCGGCAGAAUCUUGAAGCAAAUCGGCUUCGAGGACGUCGAUUCGGAGUUCUUGGCCGAGGAGGAGAAUGCGCUGAUGGAGCAGCAGAUGCGUGAGGAAAUGGAGCGUGCCGAGAAUGAAAUGUCCGAGGGUGCGAAGACGUUGUCGAUGGAUGAGCGGAGUGAAAUGAAGGGCGAUAGGGAUGAUGAGUAUGUUGAUGCGUUGGAGAGGGAGGUCGAGAAGAGGAAUCAGCAAAGUUAUCUGGGUUGGGCCAAGGCUAAGAUUGGUAUGGGAGGAAGUGCUGGGGAGAAGGCCAAGGCUGCGUAG